AUGGCAUCAAGAAAGAAACAACCUGCCCCGAAGAAGGAUGGCAUCCAUUUCGUCAAUGCCAGACCUGCAUCUGAGACCGAACGAUUGAAUGCCCAGCGUCAGGUGCGUGCACACGUUGGACGGUGGAUUUCAGAUCAAACAAAGGACCGAUCAGCAGGCGAAUCCUCCAAUACACGCGCCCGACCUGUCCGCAACGUCGUUCCCCCCUUACCCGCCAUUGACCGCGUCCGUCCCGGUCCAUCCUCUUUUAGCAUCGUCUCGCGACCCUCAAGUGCUCAUCGUGGGAGCAAUAUCGGCCAAAGCUUCAUCUUUGCGAACGACUCCCGCCCCAACCAGGCUGGAUACCGAGACUCGUCGUUUCCGCCGUCGCAGGCUAGCGAUAGCAGCGAUAGCAGUAGCAGCGACGAUGCGAGUUCCGUGACUGUGUUAUCCUCCCAGGCCCUCGCGGUCAUCCGGUUCAAUGAUCGCUCUUCUCCUGAGCGGCUUGAACGCAAUCUCUCCGGAGUAUUCGACCCAUUCGCCACAUACCCCGCUCCGAGGAGCUUCGAGCCAGAAAUGAUCAAUCUGUCGGAGCGCUAUCUCACAGGGGUGGUGUGGCCAGGGCUCGCGCCACGCCCACGGAAUGUCAGAGCUACGGCGGAUAAGUGGUUCGAUCUGUCCAUGGCGGACCCGGCUUUGUUCACAGCGUUCAUGUUUGGUUCACUGUGUCACCUCCGUGUACAAUGGCAGAAUAACUGGGUACCCGGUACGGUAUUUGGUCCGAGGGAACGUCGUGCGCUGCAGCUAUGUGAAAUGGAAUCCAUCAAGUUGAUCAACCAGGCUGUUCGCGAUCCAGAUCGAGCGGUCAGCGAUGCUGUUCUCCUCAGUGUUAUUUGCAUGGCUCAUCAUCAGGCAGAGGAGAAAUCGGUGCAACAGCACCGCAGAACACCAUUUAAUCCACCUUUCCCGCGACUACAAUGGAUCGAUGUCUACGGGUGUCUGCCACCGAAUAUGAUCCAUAUCAAAGGAUUGUUGCAAUUGAUCAAAAUGCGUGGGGGCUUAGUAAAUAUUCACACAGAUGGUCUAGCCGCGACAAUUUCCUUCUCGGAUAUCAUGAGCUGCAGCGUCCUCUGUAUCCACCCGUGCUUUGAAUUCUGGCCCCUCGCCGAUCACCGAUUAGGCUUGUCCAUCCAAGAACUACUAGGCUUCGGUCCAUCAGACGUUGACCAGGGAUUCGCCCGUUUGCAGGAAAUUGGUGCCACCCCCCAAAUGGCAGAAGCUUUCCAGGCGGUGCACACUUAUAUCGGGAUCAUCAAAGCGAGCCCGAAUGUCACACAUGAUGUCCCCUUGCUUGUCGACCAGCGGAACCUGACCCAACAUACUCUCCUCUGUCUCGCUCCGGGCUCGGAACUCCAUGCCUUCUUCUCCCAUCCCACACACGCCGCCACCUACGAAGCCUGUCGUCUAGCGGCGCUAAUCUUCGGGGUAGGCGUGCUCUUCCCAAUCCCUGCACAGAAUACACCCCUCAGUACUCUGGCGGGCCUUAUUAAGUCUGUCCUCCUCCAACCUUCCUCCACAGGCCUAUGGACUUCCUCAUCCACGCGUCUCCCUCUAAUCUGGGUCUUAACCCUCGGCGGUAUCGCAGCGAACGAUACCCCAAACCGCGCCUGGUUCGCCUCUGCUCUAGGAGAUAUCGCCCACAAGACUGGUUUGAACUCAUGGGCCAACAUCAAAUCAGUUCUCGCAUCUAUGUUAUGGUACGAUGCUGCCUGCGAUACUGCUGCGGAGGCUCUCUGGCAGGAGAACGCGAGUAGGUAUAGCCACGCCAUCCAAUGA